CGUUUUUCCUAUUUUUUGUUUUAGGAUCAACUUGAGGCUUUCAUACAGGAUGUACCAUUUUGUUUUUAUUUUUUCAUUCCUUAUUGUCAGUUUCUAGUGAUAUUCUACAUGCUUAGACUGCUUCGUUGUUUGAUCUUGACUAUGGUUGAUGAGACUCGAAUUUCCUUGGUAAACCUCAUAGGGAAAGCUGGUAUUUGGUUUGGAAAUUGAAGAUUAAAGAAAUCUAGAUAAAUAUUAUACUGCAAUGAAUGCUGAACGUUAAGUAAAAGUUUCUAUAAUUCCUGAGUACUAAAGCGAUACUAUGAUUGACCAUCAUAGUAUAGAAAAUCGGAAAACGAACUACCGGAAAACGCUAGCCUCAAGAAUUUAAGUCUUAGAGGAAUUCAUUCUUUUCUAUCAAGUGUUUUAUAAUUUAUUAAUUAGAUUGUCUUUUUUAAUAUACCAUAACAUACCCAAGAUUUAAGAUGCAAGCUAGUAAUACUUCGUAUUUAUUUCAAACGGAAGACGCGGUUCGAAAUGAAGAAAGAAAACUUGAAAAGUCGAAAAAUGAGCAUGGAAAUCCAAAGGAUUUGAAAUCCAAGGUCUUAAACAUUGAACUCGAUCGCACCACGCCAAAGAGAUACCAACUACCCAGAGUAUUCACAUGUGAGGCAUCUCAUGUAUGUCGCCUAUACGAUUUGAAUGACGGAAAAACAUGCAAACUCUACAAAGGCCAUGGAGGGCCCGUAACUUGUUGCCAGGUCGAAAGUCUUAUGGGCGACGACAAGGACCGUUUUCUUUAUACGGGUUCAUGGGACAGUACAAUCAAAAAAUGGAACGUUCGUACAGGAGAAUGUGUAGAGACAUUGUUAGGCCAUAGCGAUUACGUAAAAUCAUUGUUGUUAUUCGAGGAAGAGGGUUUGCUCAUUUCGGGUUCGGUAGAUGCUACACUUGCGGUUUGGGACAUCCGUUCCCAACCUAACCGUCUAUUAUACAAGUUGUCUGGGCAUUCAAGAGGGAUUGAAAAAAUUACCCGCCAACCAGGAAGCAAUGUAUUUUGGACAUGCGGAAGUGAAAGUAGCAUUCGCAGAUGGGAAAUCCGACGAGAAGGGGGUCAAUCGCUAGACGAUGAAGGGUUUUGGGGACAUCAAAGCAAUGUUUAUAGCUUAUUGUUUGAAGCAGAAGAUCCUGAAUCUAUGUGGACUGCGUCCGCAGAUAAGACUGUCCGACAAUGGUCCGUUUAUGAAGGACUGCACGAAGAAACGCGAUUCGAGCAUCCAGAUUUCUGUACGGACGUCCUUGUGCUGUCAAAUGGGAAUGUGUGUACGGCUUGUCGAGAUGAGAAUGUUCGGUUGUGGAAUGUGAAUCUUGGAAAUCUGGAGCAUGUAUAUUCAGGCCAUUAUGAAUCCGUCACUAAAUUACUUCAAUGGAAAUCUUGUCUAAUUAGCGCAUCAUUGGAUGGAACAAUACGAGUCUGGAAUUUAGAUCUAUCCUCAAUUUCAAACGAAACGAAUAUGGCUUCGGAUGACACUUUUCCAAAGCCAGAGGCGAGUCAGCCUCAGCUGACAGAAGAAGAACUGGCGGAAUUGGAAGAAUUAAUGAGUGACUAAAAGAUCAAAAAGGAGAAUCAAAAAUAGUUGUACUUGCAUUCUAUUUUCAUCAUUUUGGUAUAAACCAGAUGCUAUUCUUCAUAAGCGGUUUCAUGUUUACAAUUGUUUUCAAGAAUUUACUUAAUUCUUAUUACCCAAGCAAACCAAAUCUAAAAAACCUCGAAUUUACUCAUACAAAACAAGCAUUCGCCCACUGUUGCCCUUGACAAAUCAAAAGAGUGAUCGUUCAACACGAAGGCAAAAAAAUACCCAUAUGUAUUUAUGCUUUUAAAUAAGUACAAAACAAAAAUAAAAACGAAACAGUACGCCGCCGUAGAAAGAGUGAAGUUCUUUCUGGUUCUACUUAUCAUACUAUAAAAUAUAUCAUCUUAUAGAAUUUGGUUAAAAAUGAAAAGCGAUUCAACUGUAAAAAAACUUUGAUAA